AUGGUAAGGGAUCCUUGCUCGGCCCCGACAGAAUCCAACAAGCGCCUGGCGCUUGCGAUCAUCGACUUCCUGGGCUCCAGCCUGAAAGACGGCACCCUGACUGCUGACGAUGCGGAGUCGAUCGAGAUCGCCCAGUCGUGCAUCGCCGAUACCUUCAAGGUCGACCCGUCCGAUGAGGCCGCGGUCAAGGAUGCCGUGGGUGGCCAGUCGUUGACGGGCAUCUACAGUGUUUACGAGAAGCUCAGGAGAAAGCCCUCCGGCGAGGCAUCCGCCAGCAGUGGUGCCCAGUCUCAGCCCAGCCCGGCCCAAGAGAGCUCCAAGCCCCAGGCUGGCGCCCCUACGCCCGAAUCCGAUAAGCUGAAGUCUGAAGGAAACAGCGCGAUGGCUCGCAAGGACUACCCCGCUGCUAUCGAGCGCUACUCCAAGGCGCUGGAGGCUGCCCCCGCCAACCCUAUCUAUCUCUCCAACCGCGCUGCUGCCUACUCCGCGUCCGGACAACACCAGAAGGCUAUCGACGAUGCCGAGCUCGCCGUUGCGGUUGAUCCUAAGUACUCCAAGGCGUGGAGCCGGCUGGGACUCGCCCGGUUUGAUAUUGCCGAUUUCAACGGUGCCAAGGAGGCCUACGAGAAGGGUAUCGAAGCCGAGGGUAACGGUGGCAGUGAUGCCAUGAAGAGGGGCCUUGAGACUACCAAGAGAAAGAUCGCGGAGGUGAGCAGUGGCUCGGAGCCUCCUGCUGAUGCUGUCGAUGAGGCUCCUGGCGCCUCUCGCGGCGGCGGUGGCGGUGGUAUGCCCGACCUCUCUUCGCUGGCCAGCAUGCUUGGAGGCGGCGGUGGCGGCGGCGGCGGCGGUGGUGGCGGUAUGCCCGAUCUGAGCUCGAUCAUGAGCAACCCCAUGUUCGCGAGCAUGGCCCAGAACCUCAUGAGCAACCCGGACAUGCUGGGCAACCUCAUGAACAACCCCCAGCUGAGACAGAUGGCCGACAACUUCCGCGGUGGCGGCGGCAUGCCGGACAUGUCUCAAUUGAUGAACGACCCCAGCCUUGCUGAUAUGGCACGUAAUAUGAUGGGUGGUGGCGGCGGAGCUGACCGCGGUAAUCAGGGAUAA